AUGUAUCUCAGAACGCUUUGUGUCGCAUUAUUGGUGAUAAUCUCUAUCUACACCGCGAUAGCUCACAAAAUCACCCCAUCUUCCCCAUCUGCUUCAAAAUCUACCGACAAAUGCUUGGUAGUAAGCAAGUGUUCUAGAAUAACCUACAAAGGGUUAUUUGGAUAUCAACAUGACCCUCCAAGAGAACUUGUUACCAGAUUCCAUGACGUCAUGGGGAGUAUUGCAUCAUUUGAAGGUCAACAAACAGCUCUAAAACUCUGGUCUUAUUACAUAAAAAAUGUUACUGUAUGUGGCCAUUUAGCACCAGCCUUGCCAGAAUUUCAUGAUAUUGUCAAAAAGUCGCCUACGUCAAAUCCAACAUUGAUGGAUACCAUUCUUAAAGGAAGAGGUCGGUUAGGCACAAAGCGUCAGCCAGGAAAACUUGCUAUAAAAAACGCACUGCAAAGAGGCCACAUGUCAGUUGAUCCUACCCAUCCUUUAUCCAAAGAUUUGAAAGAUGCUAUAAAUGUAGUCCUAUCAAACCACACAAAGGAGAUUCUACAGAAAUUGGAUGUAAAAGAAGAGACGUUCACCUAUGAUGAAAUUAAUAUUGAAUUGUCAAUGAUAGAUAUUUGUACUUCAAAGUUCCCAAGAAAGCGAGGACAUGGUAAAAUUACGUGCACAAACUAUGCCUUCGUAGUUACGAUUCUAGAAAGUGCACCAGUUAAUACUGUAUUAUUUACACCACCAUGUAGCGACGACGCUGCUGGUGCAACUUUAACUUAUUCUAUACAAAGUGCUUUUCCAAAACAAAAAAAAGAAAAACUUAAGAUGGGUAUGAAUGGAAUUGUGCAAAUCAAAGCUAAAUUGAAUGCAGAUUUCGUUAGCAAAUUCUACCUUAAUAUAGAAGUAAAAAGUUCUACUGGAGAAAGUGAUCUUAUUAACCUUGGAGUGAAAGCUUUAAAUACUAAUGAUAACUAUCCAAUAAUCAAGGAUUUACCAUCAUCAGUAAAUAUAAAUGAAGAUGUUGCUGUUGGAUAUAAAGUCGCUACUUGUUUUACAAAGGAUAACGAUAAGACAGAUGUAUCGCAUUUUACUAUUUUAAACCCUACAUCACCGGAAGAUGAUGUUUGGUAUUUAGAUAGAGGAAGUUGUGAUCUCUAUUUAAAUGGUAAACUUGAUUAUGAAACAAAGACGUCGUACUCUCUAACCAUCCAAGCUGUUGAUUCUGGUGUCCCACCUAAAACUGCUAAUACUGAAACUCUAGUGAUUAAAGUUGUUGAUGUAAAUGACAAUCAUCCGGUCUGUCCUAAGUAUUAUAAAGUGGUUAAUGUACCAGAAGAUUAUGGUAUUGAAAAUAAAAUAGACGGUAUUACUUGUACUGAUGAGGAUUCUGGUAUAAAUGGUGCAGUCGCAUAUACUUUAUCGGCAAGUAAUGAUGCGAGCACAAUGACCAAGUUCCAAGUCGACUCCACUACGGGAGACAUCAGUUUAAAAUCUAAAGUUGAUUAUGAAGUUCAGAAGACUUAUGAAGUAAAAGUAGACGUGUCUGAUUCGUCAACGACGACACGUCUUACAUCAACUGUUGUAUAUGGUAUAGUUGUUACAGAUGUUGAUGAUAACCCACCAACAUGGCCUUCUAAUCCCAUUUUAAUAGAUGUAAGUGAGGUAGCACCUCUAGGAAGCAUUGUAUUUACUCUCUCAGCUAAUGACGCCGACCAAGCUAAUACUGAUGCAUCAAAAAUUAAAUACGAAAUGUUGACACCACCAAAUCCAGAUUGGUUCCAAAUUGACCAAAACACUGGUGCUGUAUCUGUAAAGUCUAUUAUGAAUAGAUUAACAGCAUCAUGGGUUACUAUGGAUGUCAUAGCCUAUUCAGAUAAAUCUAAAGGUUCCCAGCAGGUUACCGUCAAUGUUACUAUUGUCGAUGAAAAUAAUAUUUCUCCUACAUUUGAAGAGGUGUUUUAUCAAGGAAAUAUAUCAGAGAAUGAUGGGGUAGGAACCUAUAUUUUAACUGUUAGUGCAGUAGAUCCUGAAUAUGGUGUAAAUGGUCAAAUAAGAUAUUAUCUUAACUCACCAAUAUUCCAGGUUGAUUUAAACUCUGGAGAUGUUUCUCUUAAAACAUCAGUUGAUUAUGAAACGGAUACUGUCCAUUCUUUAAAAAUCGAAGCAAGAGAUUUGGGAACACCACCACAAUCUGGAUUUGCUUUUCUUUUAAUCAACGUUAAUCCAGUCAAUGAAUUUGAUCCAGUUAUAAUCGGACCAUCAUCUCCUAUUGAUAUUUCAGAGGAUGCAGAGCCAGGAACUGAACUAUUUGAUUUUGAUGCCAAUGACAUGGAUGAUGGUAUGGAUGGUUUUGUGACGUUUUCAUUACAGACAGAUUUAUCUCCAUUUACCAUAGACCCUAACCUGGGUGCAUUUCGUGUUGCAAGUCCCUUAGAUAGAGAGCACCAGCCAUCAUGGGAUAUUAUUGUCGUUGCAACAGAUAAUUCUGCCACAAACCCAAAAAGCACAACAACCGUCGUAACUAUUAACCUUCUAGACAUAAAUGAUAACAGUCCUAUUUGUAAUCCAUUAUCCUCUACCACAGUACCACUAGGACACCAAAUUAACACCAUUUUAUCCACUGUCCAAUGUAGAGACGCUGAUACCGGAAGCAACGGAGAGUUUACUUUUACCAAGCUUUCCGGGGAUUUCAAAGGAGCGUUUGACGUGGAUACCUCUUCAGGAGAUAUAACUCUUUUGAAAAAACCCACAGAAACUACUUAUACGCUAUCUAUUGAAAUCAAGGAUAAAGGUAACCCACAACUCAGUGUUGUUAUCGCCUUUAAUAUUAUUGCUGAAGUUCAAUUUAAUUUUACUCAGUUACCUACAACAAUGAAUGUUCCAGAAGAUACAUUACCCAAUGAAGAACUGAUAGAUAUUGAUGCCUGCUGUACUCCUAGAAACGUAAAGUAUGAAAUUGUGAAUGGUAACGAAGAUGGUCAUGUUAUCCUAGACCCUUCAUCUGGUAAAUUAAUCUUGAGAAUAAUGUUUGAUUAUGAGACUAAACAAAGUUUUAGUUACCGAAUUCGUGCCAUCAUUGUAUCAUCAAACACAGCAAUUGAGGAAAUCUUAAACGUUAAUAUUGAAGACUCCAAUGACAACGCUCCUAAAUUUACGUCAUCAUUCCAUGAGACAUCAGUGAUUGAAAAUAUUUCACCAUCUACGUCUAUCUUGAAAGUAAAAGCCACAGAUCUCGAUGGUGGUACAAACGGUGAGAUAGUGUACAGUAUCAGUGGUACUGGGGUUAGUGACUUUGGGAUAGACUCGUCGGGGAACUUGUCUGUAAUAUCGCCACUUGAUGCUGAAACAGUUUAUCAAUAUACACUUGUAAUAACUGCCACCGACAAGGGAGCUGAUCCAAAAAGCAGUAAAACAACAGUUGUCAUAAACGUAAAGAACUAUAAUGAAUUUUCUCCUCAAAUUAUAAACAUGGUUGAUGGUGUGGUUGUUGCUAAUGUUUCUGAAGAUUCGGCAUUAGGAUCUCCUAUCUUUAAAAUUGAAGCAGUAGAUGAAGACAUUAACACUAUUCUGACCUACUCAAUAACUGCUGGAAAUAUAAAUAAUGCUUUUGUUAUUGAUGACUCAACUGGAGAUAUCUUUCUGACGACUAUUCUGGACAGAGAAACUACCCCUCAGUAUAAUAUAACUGUCGAAAUAAACACACAAACUAGUGAAACGGUAUCGGCGCUUGUUGUAAUAAACAUACUUGAUGUAAACGACAAUGAUCCAAAAUUUGAUCAGGAUGUAUACCAACUUGAUGUGACACAUGGAGAUCUGGUAAAUAAAAUUUUGAAAACGUUUAUCAUCGAUGAUGCCGAUAGCGGAACUAGUGCUGAUAUUGCCAGUGUUACUAUUACUGAUGGAGAUCCUAAAAAUCAUUUUAAAAUUGAAGAUACGAAAUUAUUAACGAAUGUGCAGAUAGACUACUACACUGAUAAGUUAUAUAUCCUUACUCUAAAGGCAACUGAUGGUGGAGCGAUACCAAGGUCAGGCUACACUAGAGUUAAUAUCAAUGUUCUUCCUAAAUACAAUCCACCAAAAUUCAUAUCUAAUAGUUACAACAAGGACGUGUUAGAAGAUGUCGUCCCAUCGGAUACGAUCUUUGAUAUGGAUGCCACGUCAGAAGGUGCUACUGAAGGUGUUACAGGAACAAUCACUUAUGUUAUACAGAGUGGCGAUCCAGACAACGAUUUCGUCAUCUCAGAAACAACUGGCAUCAUAUCAAUAGCCUCCGAAAUCGACUUUGAACGUAAAAUGUCGUUCGAACUAAUAAUUCUGGCAAAAAGCAAAGAAGAUCCUCUUUUGAGUUCCUCAUCAACACUAUCACUAUCUAUACAGAAUCUAAAUGAUAACCGUCCUAUUUUCAAUGAGCCAUUUUAUGAUUUCAAUAUAGAUGAGAAUGCCGUUGCUGGAGUAAUCGUUGGGACAGUAAUUGCAACAGAUGCAGAUGUAUCACCCUUCAAUUUAUUUACAUACAGUCUUGGUAGUGCGACUGGUUCAACAGAUUUUAUUAUUGACAAUGGUGGUAACAUUAAAGUGGACAAACCCUUAUCGUUUAUCACUCAGCGAUUCUACAGUAUACCAGUAAUAGCUGACGAUGGAGUUCAUCAAACAGACUCCUUGAUAAUCAUCAGGAUUAAUGAUAUCAAUGACAAUUCUCCUAUGUUUACACCCAGUUCUUUCAGAGUGGAUGUUGUGGAAUCUAUGGGUAUUGGGAACACGUUUUAUACUGUUAAUGCCCGGGAUUUAGAUACUGGUACCAACGGAGAAAUAAAGUAUACUUUCGUCUCAGGUAACUCUAGUAACAAACUUUCGCUCGAUCCCGAUUCUGGAGCUUUAACAGUUUCCUCGAACCUCGACAGAGAGGUUCAUGACAGGUUUGAUUUGGUAAUUCGAGCUGAAGAUAAAGGUGUACCAUCAGCUCUUUCUGGUACAUUGUCACUUACUGUGAAUGUUGCAGAUGUAAAUGAUUUAAAUCCAACGUUUACCUCAUCUAUUGAAGAUGUUACUGUUGGUCGAUCCGCUGCACCUGGCACGUCAGUUCUUGCCAAGACAGCUACUGAUGGUGAUCUGGGAGAUAAUGCUGUCAUAGUUUAUGAAAUAACCAGUGGUAAUGAUGAUGGGUUAUUCCUGAUUGACGUCUCAAAUGGUCUCAUCAAAACCGAUGCUGACCUUUCGGGUGCAAAAAACGAAUACACCCUCGUUAUAACUGCUAAAGAUAAAGGCAUUCCACCCCGAUCAGGAACACUAACAGUCAAAAUACAGAUCAUACCACUACUGUCCCUAUCCCCCAGUAGUCAGACAAUGCAAAUUGAGGAAGAGUUGAAAUUGGGAGUAUCGGUUGGUUCGGUUUCCCCAACUCAUAGUGCUACAUCAGCCGUAAACUACCAAAUCAUAAGUGGCAACUUUAAGAACAGUUUCAAUAUGAAUCCGUCAACUGGCGAGAUUACCACAGCUAGAAAACUGGAUCGUGAAGAAUAUGAGACCUAUAUUUUAACUGUUCAUGUGACUGAUUCUGGAUCUGUUGACUAUACACACACAGUCACAGUGGAGGUUCUAGAUAUCAACGAUAACGAUCCUGUUAUAACGACUAGUGAUACUAAUAUUAACGUAGUGGAAAAUACACCUGCUGGACAGAUUGUUGCAGGUUUUACUGUAAAUGAUCUUGAUGAUGGUGAUAAUGGUUUGGUGGAUCUAAAAAUAUCAACUGUACCCUUAGCCGCUAGUACGUAUUUCCAAACCGACGGUAAUUUACUGAAGAUAAAACAAGCUUUAGAUUAUGAAUCAACAACAUCUAUAACUUUCCAGAUUCUGGCCGUGGAUCGAGGUAAUCCACAACGUACUGGUACUAUAGAAGUUAAAGUGAAUGUGAUUGAUGUUGAUGAUGGUGUUGUAUAUUUGGAUAGCAGUGAAGCUCCUUCGGCAUAUAUGUCUCGUGAAACAUCAUUUUAUGCAGCUGAAGGUGAAUAUGUGACGACUGUGACAUCGGCAGAGUACAGUAUGGAUGCCAACAUUGGUCCGUUUUCAUUUAAAUCAUUAAACAGAGAGGGUAUAUUUUCUGUAGCAGAAGAUGGUGUGGUUACAGUGCGAAAGAGAGGACUGUUAGAACCAGAUACGAAAUAUUUUGUAUGGAUUGUUGUCACAGCUGAAAAUGGUGGUGAUGAGAAAAGUGUUCUUGGUUUACUUCGAGUUGACACAUUUCACCCAAAUAAACACGUAGUUUCUCUAGAAUCUUCAUCAGAUGUCAACUUUUUAGAAGCAAACAGGCAAGUUUCUUAG